GUCACGAACAACCACGUCUUACAGCCAAGCUUCUAGCGACCUAGUCUUCCAUUGUGUUCACUCAAUUCUGGUGGAAAGCGCGUAAUAAGGAUGGACGAGCCCAUGCCGGACGCAGACGCAGCUCUGCCUACAGAACAAGCCGGAGCAGUUCCAGAGGAUCGCAGUCAAGAGCAAGCAACUCGAGAUAUCGAUGCCCAACAAUCGGACUCUACAGCGCUCUCUUCGGUGCCGCCGACUGAUUCGGAACAUAAGGAGUCUGAUAACAUCGUCGUCGCAUCCAGGAAGUCGUCAUCAGGCGCGAAUGGCGCGAAUGCAGAGCAACAGCCAACCGAGCUAGCUACGGAAGCCAGUGAGGAAACCUCUCGCCCGGCUGACGCGGGAAGCUUGGAAUCGACAGCAACAGCUACAGCUCAGGACCCUUCUCUGAGCGCGACGACAACAGAUGGGUUCGUAGUCCCUGCUGUGCCAACUAACGGAAGUGCAAGCAGCACGCCAAGAGGUCGAGGACGGGGUCGCGGCGGUCGACCUCGAGGUAGCCGCGCUUCAAAUGUAGCCACUCCACACAGUGCAUCCGGAGACUCCAUACUCGUCAAUCCAGAUGGCACUCCCGUCUCUGGGCGAGCUCGCGGCCGCGGUAGAGGUGGUGGUCGACCUAGAGGCAGCCGGGCAAGAGGAGGCGGGAGAGGUGGCAAGCGGAAGAGAGACGGAGACGAAGAUGAGGAUGACGAAGCAUCUGACUCCAGUGUUGAGAUCACGCCUGUAGCUACAGAGACACGGUCCGGGCGUUCGAUACAGAAGCCGACGAGCUUUGUGCCGCCACCUCCUUCACCCACCACGAACAAACGAAAACGCCCAUACAACUAUCGCAACCCUCAAGCCGCAGUUUGCAAAGUAUGUUUGCGUGGUACUAGUCCUGCCAGUAAUCCUGUUGUUUUCUGCGAUGGGUGCAAUGCGCCUUACCAUAGGUGGUGCCAUAAGCCACCGAUCGAGCAGGCUGUCAUCGACAAGGAGGAUGCAGAGUGGUACUGUCAAUCGUGCGCAGCAGCAAGAGUGGUGCCAGUCUCUAUCACUGAGGUGUCGAGCUUCGUCAGCGUCACUGGAGCGAGCGAGGAUCAGCGAAGGAAGUAUUUUGCUGCUUUGCCGCCAGGGUUUCUGGUGACGUUACUUGUGAAAGCUACGACCUUCAGACCUGAUCUCCCAGUCUUCCAUCCGAAGUUCAAGGAACUCGUGGCGGCCUCACAGCAGAAUGGCCAUCUUGAAGCAAAUCCUGCUGCACCAUCAUUGAAUGGUAAGGAGGCCGUUCGCCAGAGCGCAGAAGCUGCUGUGGCCACUCCCACGACUACUGCUGCAACGAGCAAUGCCAUCACGACAUCCAAUUCAACAGUCGGCGCGACACGAUCCACUAGUACCACACAACCCCGUAUACCCGCAAGCAAUGGGCCAUCGCCCGAUGAUGCGGCGUACACAGACGAUGUACACCCUGAGAAUUACCCUCGUCCUGGCCAAGGACUGAUGAGUACUUUGCCUCCAGAGACCGAAGAUCUUGAGUGGCUCGUCGAUGAUGACGACAGGAAUGGUGUGUUCACUCACCUGUACCACGAACCGACAAAGGCGCCUCCUCCGGUUGCUGCUGCACCAACUGGUAAUGAUGGGUUGGUCUGAACUCGUGUGGAUUGGCGUUAGCGGAAAAAUCAUGACAACUUGUAACAUUAUGAGGGCUUCAACGCGGUAUGAUUGG